AGAAGACCCGCCGGAGACGAAGAAGAAGAAAGAAGAAAGAAGAAAAUCCCGCGAAAGCCUCCUCCUUCCUCGCUACGGAACGAAACGCGGAGCGAGGUUAGGGUUCUCGAUUUUCUCUCCCCGAUUUCCGCCCGUUCUACGGCGGCGGCGGCCCGGAGCUGUUGACUCGAUCGAAGUCGAUCGCGCUCUCUGCAGGCGAUCUCCUCGCGGCGGCGGCGGCGGCGGCUCGGGUUCGACGCGAUUCCUUCCGUCGAAUCGCCUCGUUCUUCUUGGGCUCGGAUCGGGGCCUCGGUUCGCGUUCGUGCUUCCAUCGUUUCGGGUCGUUCGGACUUUGGGUGGGGAGGCUUCGCCGUUCGAUCUCUGCCUGGGCGGGGUAGGAUCUGUUGGCUCCGGUUUGUUCUUUUUCGUAUGCUGAAUCCGGAGGAGGGAUCGUUUGGGGAUCAGUGCUGGUGAUUUCUGGAUCGAUCCAUGGGGGUUUCGUGGUAAUCGAGAGAUCGUUAGGGCUUAUUUUUGCAGUUUGGGAGGAGCUUCAUUGUGCUGUGGAUGUAUCUUGAUAUAAUAAGAGAGGGGGAUCGGCUUGCGAACAUACCUAAGACGUCUCGGGGUGUUCUCAGGCCGUUGUCUCUGCUGCCUUUUGAGCAGAAAGCGGUCUCCUUCUGCACCCAGAGAGAUAGAUGGGAUAAGGCCUUCUUCCAGCUCCAGGGCGGGUAACUGGGAAGCUGUCGAUAUCGCUGGGGUUUCGAAGGGGUAGGAUUUUUUGGGGUUUUCGAUAGGUGGCAGUUAUUCGCAAUGGGCUCGUCUCAAGGUUCCACCUUGUCGGCUGAUGUGGCUGGGCUUGUCGAGGGAUCGUCGGCUCAUGGGAUGGCUAAGUACAUCGAUAGCCUCCCUGUUUAUGUGAAGGAGCUGAUAGCUGGGGGUGCUGCUGGUGGCUUUGCCAAGACUGCUGUCGCUCCCCUUGAACGGACUAAGAUACUUUUGCAGACAAGAACUGAGGGGUUCCAAUCUCUGGGGGUAUGGAGAAGCAUGCAUAAGUUGCUGAAGACUGAAGGUUUUAUGGGAUUUUAUAAAGGAAAUGGAGCCAGUGUCCUUCGUAUCGUUCCUUAUGCAGCCUUGCAUUUUAUGACAUACGAGCAAUACCGCUGCUGGAUCUUGAAUAACUACCAAGUUUUGGGUUCUGGGCCAGUUAUAGAUCUUCUGGCUGGUUCAGCAGCUGGAGGAACAGCAGUAUUAUGCACAUAUCCAUUGGAUCUUGCUCGAACUAAACUUGCUUAUCAGAUUAAAAACACUGGAGCAACUUUGGGAAAUGGUGCAUCAAGUGUCGCUCUCCAGCCUGCUUAUGAUGGUAUUAAAGAUGUGUUGAGAAGUGUCUAUAAGGAAGGGGGAAUGCGUGGAUUGUACCGGGGUGUAGGUCCAACUCUAAUUGGAAUACUCCCAUACGCUGGUUUAAAGUUCUACAUAUAUGAGGAGCUUAAGACACGUGUUCCUGAAGAGCAUCAGAAGUCCAUUGUGAUGCGAUUAUCUUGUGGAGCUUUGGCUGGAUUGUUUGGACAGACUUUUACAUAUCCACUAGAUGUUGUCAGAAGACAGAUGCAGGUUGAAUCUCUGCAGCCCUCUGUUGGUGGUCAUAGAUACAAGAACACAUGGGACGGCCUCACUUGUAUAGUCCGUAAUCAAGGGUGGAAACAGCUGUUUGCAGGCCUCAGUAUAAAUUACAUCAAGAUUGUUCCUUCUGUGGCAAUUGGCUUCACAGCAUAUGAUACGAUGAAGAAUUGGCUUCGCAUUCCCCCUCGACAAAAGUCGCAGAAUGCGUCUACAGCAUGAGUCUCUAACGAAAAUCAUGAAGUGGUCCUCCGUUCUGUACAAUUGUCCAAUGUGGCUUUGUUUGUCCUUUUAAGAUGGUGGAUGGGAAUUAUUCCUGUCAAACUCUGUUGCAUUAAUAUGUCCCACUCUGAGAAGUGGAAAAUACUUUAUACAAUACCAUAUGAAAUGAAGUAUAUACAUUAUUGUGUGAGUUCUGAUUAA